GCCGCCAUUUUCCCACCGGCAUCGUUGCUACUGCGAUUGUUAGGAAGAAAAAAUAUAAGAAUAUAUUAAAAAUAUUUUGUUGUGAAGAAAAAUAAUACUAAAAUACAUAAAAGUCAAUAUCAUGAGCAUUAAAUAGAGACAACUAGUUGAAUUAUCAGAAAUAUAAAAAAAAACAUAUUGUUUGACGACAGAAAGCGGCGGCAAAAUCCUUGAGUCGUAAUUUUCGCGUGUGUAUAUUUUCUCGCAUUUUUUUUCGGUGAUACGUGUUUUGCCCAAAAAUACAUACAAAAUACCGUUUACACGAGAACAAGAAGUGAGCACAUCAUAUGAAAAAUUUUUAGUUUGGUUUAAAACAAAUACUAAAAAUGGUGGGUAAGCUACAUAAAAAGAAAAUAUCCGAGUACACGGAAAACGAGGAAUACAAAAGCGAUUUAGAGGGUGGCGAUGAUGAUAUGGUAGACAAGGAGUAUCAUGGAAGCGCCAGUGAAUCUGAAAAUGGCGAUGUGGCCAAACAUGACAUUGGCAAAAGCUAUGAUUCUGCAGCUCGCGAUCGGGAUGAUGAUGAAGAGACAACCUUGGGUGAAGAUGAUGACCUAGCACAUGGAUUGAAUAAUAGUUAUUCCCAUGGCGAUGGUGAUGAUGCCGAAGUCGGAGGUGAUGAUGAUUUAAAUGACGAUUAUGAGGAUAGUGCUAAAAAGGCCAAGAAACGCAAGACAGCAGGAGCUAAAAAGUCACUGGAUGACAUCGCUUAUGACGAUGAUGCUUUGAAUGGAGUUUCACCUAAAAAGAAGGGUCGCAAAACCGGCAGUGGCAAGGUCGUUACUAAAGCUGCAACCAAGGCCAAAGCCACAAAACCCAAGAAGUCAGCACCCGUAGAAGAAGAUGACGAUGGGGAGGAUGAAGAGGAAUACGAGGUCAAAGACAUUGUUGGUCACAAAAUCGAACGUGGCGUAUCUUAUUUCCUAAUCAGAUGGAAGGGCUACACCAAGGCCGAUGACACUUGGGAGGCCGAGGACACCCUCAAUUGUCCGGAAAUAAUAGAUAAAUACAAGAAAAAGCAAAGUGCUGCAGCGCCCAAAAAGGGUGCCGCCUCCCCCGCCGCUAAGAAAGCCAAAAAAGGAUCCGCCGCUGUCGCCAAAGGUAACAAAAAGGCCAAAUCUGGUAAAGGCGAAGAUGAUGAGGAAGAUGAAGAAGAAGAAGAAGAAUGGGAAGUCGACAAGAUCAUCGAUUAUGCCGAAGAGAAGAAAGGUCGAGUCUUCCGCAUUCGCUGGAAGGGUUUCGGUCCCAAACACGACACUUGGGAGCCAGAGGAAAACUUGAAUUGUCACGACAUCAUUGACAAAUUUAUGAAACGCAUGAAGGCCGAUGAGAACCUGUCGUUCAAGGAGUUGCGUGAAGAGCCCAAAAAGACUAAACGACUGGUAAAUGAGACAGCGCCACGCACCAAUUUGCACAAUCCAAUCGGUCGUAAGUCUAAGCGAGGGGGCAACAAGAAAAGAAUUUACUAUGGCGAGGACGAUUAAAUGAUGUUUUGAGCAGAUUUUUUUUGAGAAAAAACAAACAAACAUUCAAUCUCAAUCUUACAACAUCAACUUGAACAUCGUCGUCUUACUUUUAAAUUGUUUAUCAAUCCAUUAUAUGAAACUCUUUUUAUUCCAAUAUUAUUAUUAUUAUUUUUUUUUCUCCUAUUAUUAUGAGCAUACAAAAUUUUUUUUGUAUUUAAAAAAUUGUUGGCUUUUUGUGGCGAAACACCACAUAUCACCAACAAUGUAUCGAUCCAUCACUGUUUUUAAACAUUGUCGUUUAGUCUUGUUAACAGUCACCUUUAUGAUUUUUUUUUAAACCUCGCUUUUAAUAUGUUUAGUUAACUUUGCUUUUGUGUAUUCAUAUGUGUGUAAAUUGACAACAUGUUUUAUUAAAUUAAAAUCCCUUUGCACACAUUCCAUACGUUCCAAUGACCAUUGAAAAUGCCAAUUUACGUUUCGUCUAACCAUCGGUCGGUCUCUUUUUGUUUCGUUCCUGUUCCUUAAUGAAAUCCAAAUGUUUUUUUCUCAUAGUAUCAGGAAUAUUUGGAAACUUCAAGUAUUGUUUUUCUUUUUAUAAAAUAUUGCUUUACCACUAACUAGCUGUAAAAAUUUCAACAAGAAAUAUAAUUCCUUCAAUAAUAACAAG